AUAAAAAGAACACAAAACAAAAAAACUAACAAAAAUGAAAGAAUAAUACAGUGUUAUGGUAUUUAAACCUUAAUUAAAUAACAAAAAAAAAAUUCAUUAAAUUAAAGAAAUAAAAAAAAAGAAUUUUCUUUUUAACAUCAAGGGCUACAAGUCCUAAUCAUCACAAAAAAAAAUAACAUAAAAAAUCACAACUCAAAAACACACUUCAAAAUGUCUUUAUCAUCAUUAAACGCCUGCGUUCUCCUGAUCCUAAGCAUUGUUAGUGGCGCUUGCUCACAAUGUUCUUGGGAAUUUGUACGCACUACCAUGGAUAUCAAGUGCAAUUUACGUGCCAUCGAUUCCACGCAACCUUUGGACUUACAAGUAGCCGAAACUGCCACUAGAUUAGAAAUUUCCUGCUCUUCAGAUGUUUUGUAUGCCAGCGAAUUAUCCAGCAAUACCUUUGGUCGCCUGCAAAAACUAGCCGAAUUGCAGGUGGAUUCUUGCAAAAUGCAGCGACUCAAUGCCAAUGCCUUUGAGGGUUUAAUGUCGUUGAAACGUUUGUCGGUGCAGACCCACAAUGCCGUCUGGGGUCCCGGUAAAACUUUGGAAAUUUUGCCUCAAUCGUUUUAUGGCUUGCGCGAAUUAAACGAAUUGAGUUUGAGUGAUAACAAUAUUAGACAAUUGCCCGAGGGUGUUUGGUGUGCCAUGCAAAAUUUACAAGUCUUGAACUUGACCUCAAAUCGCAUACGUUCGGCAGAAAGUCUGGGUUUUUCGGAGAAAUUGUGUACCCUCAAUGGUGCUAGUGGUGGUGCUGAAUUGCAAGUCUUGGAUAUUUCCUUUAAUGAACUCAGAGCUUUGCCCGAUGUUUGGGGUGCCUCCCGUUUAAGACGUCUCCAGCAGUUGAAUUUGGAGCACAAUAAUAUCACCUCCUUGGCCGCCAAUGCCUUGGCUGGUUUGUCUUCUUUGCGCAUUCUCAACUUGUCCUACAAUCAUUUGGAAACUUUGCCCGCCGAUGCUUUUGCUGGCAACAAGGAACUUAGAGAAAUCCAUUUGCAGGGCAAUGAAUUAUAUGAUUUGCCCAAAGGUUUAUUGCAUCGCCUAGAACAAUUAUUGGUUUUGGAUUUAAGUGCCAACCAGCUGACUUCUCAUCAUGUGGACAACAACACCUUUGCUGGUUUGAUACGUUUGAUAGUGCUCAAUCUGGCCAACAAUGCUUUGACUCGUAUUGGCUCCAAAACCUUUAAGGAAUUGUAUUUCUUGCAAAUCCUAGAUAUGCGCAACAACUCUAUUGGUCACAUUGAAGAUGGUGCUUUCCUGCCUUUAUACAACUUACACACCCUCAAUUUGGCUGAAAAUCGUUUACACACUUUGGACAACAAAAUCUUCAAUGGCUUGUAUGUGCUUACCAAAUUGACUUUGAACAACAAUUUGAUUAGCAUUGUGGAGACCCAGGCUUUCCGUAAUUGCUCGGACUUGAAAGAGCUCGACUUGAGCUCCAAUCAAUUGGCUGAGGUACCAGAAGCUGUGCAAGAUUUGAGCAUGUUGAAGACAUUGGAUUUGGGUGAAAAUCAAAUUUCCGACUUCAAAAACAACACCUUCAAGAAUUUGAAUCAAUUAACCGGCUUGCGUUUGAUUGACAAUCGCAUUGGCAACAUCAGCGUAGGCAUGUUCUCGGACUUGCCCAGAUUAAGUGUUUUGAAUUUGGCCAAAAAUCGCAUACAAUCCAUUGAACGUGGUGCCUUUGACAAGAAUACCGAAAUUGAGGCCAUACGUUUGGACAAGAACUUCCUCACCGACAUCAAUGGCAUUUUUGCCACUUUGGCUUCUUUGCUGUGGUUGAAUUUGUCGGAAAAUCAUUUGGUUUGGUUCGAUUAUGCCUUUAUUCCCUCCAAUCUCAAAUGGUUGGAUAUCCAUGGCAACUACAUUGAAGCCCUGGGCAACUACUACAAACUGCAAGAGGAGAUACGCGUAACCACCUUGGAUGCCAGCCACAAUCGUAUUACCGAAAUUGGAGCCAUGUCGGUGCCCAACUCCAUUGAAUUGAUCUUCAUCAACAACAACAUCAUUAGCCAAGUACAACCUAAUACUUUUGUGGAUAAAUCAAAAUUGACUAGAGUUGAUUUGUAUGCUAAUGUCUUGUCGAAAUUGCAAUUGAACUCUUUGCGUGUAGCUCCAGUGGCCGCUGAUAAGCCAGUGCCUGAAUUCUAUUUGGGCGGUAAUCCCUUUGAAUGUGACUGCUCCAUGGAAUGGCUGCAAAGAAUUAACAAUAUGACGACACGCCAACAUCCACGCAUUAUCGAUUUAGCAAAUAUUGAAUGUCUAAUGCCUCACAGCCGUAACGCCCCGAUUAGACAAUUGUCUUCGCUAUCCAGCAGUGAUUUUGUGUGCAAAUACGAUUCCCAUUGUCCGGCUACUUGCCAUUGCUGUGACUUCGAACAAUGCGACUGUGAAAUGGUUUGUCCUGACAAUUGUACCUGUUUCCAUGAUGCUACCUGGUCUACAAACAUUGUCGACUGUGGGAAACAAAAUCGCAUUACUUUGCCGGUACGCAUACCCCAGGAAGUUACCGACCUGUAUAUGGAUGGUAAUAAUCUGCCCGUUAUUGACAAUCAGGUGUUUGUGGGUAAACGUAAUUUAAGAGCCCUCUACCUGAACUCUUCGAAUGUGGUGACCAUACAGAACGGCUCCUUUAGUGAAUUGACCAUGCUGCGCAUCUUACAUUUGGAGAACAAUAAAUUGCAGUCUUUGGAUGGCAGUGAAUUCAAACAAUUGUCCUUGCUCAAGGAAUUGUAUCUGCACAACAAUUUGCUGACUACUAUUAACAACAGUACCUUUGCUCCUUUGGUUUCGCUGAAAGUAUUGCGUUUGGACAACAAUCGUUUAACCUCCAUGCCCAUUGCUCAGUUGGCUAACUUGCAGUAUCGCAACAAUUUACAGGGUUUGACUAUUGGCCGCAAUGCCUGGUCUUGCCGUUGCCAGUUUUUGCAGGCUUUGGCUCAAUUUGUGGCCGAUAAUGCCAUAGUUAUUAGAGAUACCCAAGAUAUCUAUUGUGUGGAUAAUGGUGUUAAACGUGAAUUGGAUUUGUUCACCCAACAUGGUGUAGACUGCAGUGAGCUGAUGGAAAAUUCCGCAAAUAUGGCUUCCCAGGAUAUUUCGGGAGGCUAUGUGCCUUUAUUAGCUGCCGUUUUAGUUUUGAUCUUCCUCAUUGUGGUGCUGAUUAUUGUGUUUGUAUUCAGAGAAUCGGUAAGAAUGUGGUUGUUUGCCCAUUAUGGUGUAAGAGUGUGUGAGCCCCGUUUCGAAGAUGCUGGCAAAUUGUAUGAUGCCAUUAUUUUACAUUCCGAAAAAGACUAUGAGUUUGUGUGCCGCAACAUUGCCACCGAAUUGGAACAUGGCCGUCCUCCUUUCCGUUUGUGUAUACAACAAAGAGAUUUGCCUCCCCAGGCCAGCCAUUUACAAAUUGUUGAAGCUGCCCGUGCCUCACGCAAAAUCAUUUUGGUCUUGACCAGAAAUCUCUUAACCACCGAAUGGAAUCGUUUGGAGUUCCGUAAUGCCUUCCAUGAAGCCUUAAGAGGUUUGGCCCAAAAACUGGUCAUCAUCGAAGAAACCAAUGUUUCGUCGGAGGCUGAAGAUGUAGCCGAGCUGUCACCUUAUUUGAAAUCAGUGCCUUCCAAUCGUUUAUUAACCUGUGAUCGUUACUUCUGGGAGAAAUUGCGUUAUGCCAUACCAAUUGAAUUGUCGCCCAGAGGCAACAACUAUACCUUGGAUCAUCAUGAACGCUUUAAGCAGCCCGUCUCGCCAGGAGUACUCUUCAGACAAGCACCACCUCCACCAGCCUACUAUCAAGAAGACAUGGAAGCCAAUUACUCAUCGGCCACCACUGCCACUCCCUCGCCCAGACCCACCCGUCAUGGCCAGCGUAUUGUCGAUGCCAUACCCAUGCGUCCACCCAGCGAACACAUCUACCAUAGCAUAGAAUCUGAACAUUACUAUGAUCAACAUGAGGCCUUGUCCAUGAUACCCAAUGGCAUGUCAGCACACCAUCAUCAUCCCCAUCACCAGCACUUGGCUCCUCCUCCAGCUAAUGCAGCCGCUUUUCGCCAGUCCAACAACCCUCGUUUGUCGCUUAAUGCUGGCCAGCAACAGCAGUGGCGACCCUCCAUGUUAAUGCAGCAACAACAAACAGCCAGCCAACAAACAGCCACUGCCCCUGUACAUUUACGCAGUGGUAGCAAUUUAAGUCAAUGCAGUACAAGCACACAAUCUACAGCCGCGCUGGCGCAAACACCUCAACCACAAGCUUCCACUUCCGCAGCGGCGCAAUUACAGCAGCAACAACUACAGCAAGCAGCUGCCAAUAAUAAUACAGGUGUGACUACAGCCACAAAUAAUGCAACCACCAUGGCAGACACAUCACUAGCGACAAACUCUGCAGCAACAGCCACAACAACGUCCGCACCAGCAACAGCGAAUAAGAACAAUAAUCAAGCAUUUUUGGUGUAGAGAACGUUUAAAAAGGGUAACAACAAACUAAACAGGGAAGGGGAUCAAACUCUAGCAGCCAUUUAUAAAUUCCAAAAAACAAACACAGCCACAGCAACACAAGAAGCCAUGAUGUGUAUUAUUAAAGCAAGGAGGGCCGUAGCAGCCGCAGCAUUAGCUCUACAAGAGGACAAGCCAGACGGAUGGACAGACACGGCCAACAGCAGAAUCUUAAGCUUUAUUUAGCCAGAUACUUGAAAAUCCCCCUUAGAGCAAAACUAUAUACUAUAUAUAUAUACACUUAAAACAAAAAAUUUAAAAGACUUUCCAUAGGAAUAGUAGUUAAAGAAAAAAAUGUGACGAGAAGAAAACAAAAAAAAAACACUUUCAACAAAUUUAUAGAACAAGCGAGAAGCGCGACACUUUUUUUCAAAUUCAAUGUGAUAUUAAAUAAUUAUUUAAACAUAAAAAAAAACAAAAACAAUUUAAGAAAAAAAUUAUGUAUUAUACUA